AUGGAGCCAGGUCUGUGCGGCAGGGUUUACAUGCUGGUAGGCAGGCUUCGGACUGCCAUCAGCAAGGCGCUGUUCGCUGAGUUCCUGGCCACAGGGCUGUAUGUGUUCUUUGGUGUGGGCUCUGUCCUGCGCUGGCAGGCACUUCCCUCUGUGCUACAGAUUGCAAUCACCUUCAACCUGGCCACAGCCACAGCUGUGCAGGUCUCCUGGAAGACCAGCGGGGCACACGCCAACCCUGCCGUGACGCUGGCCUACCUGGUGGGCUCCCACAUCUCUCUGCCCCGGGCUGUGGCCUAUGUAGCUGCCCAGCUGGCAGGGGCCACGGUAGGGGCUGCUCUGCUUUAUGGGGUCACUCCUGGAGAUGUCCGAGGAACCCUCGGGAUCAACGUGGUCCAAAACAGCACCUCGACUGGCCAGGCAGUGGCAGUGGAGCUGGUUCUGACCCUGCAGCUGGUGCUCUGUGUCUUUGCUUCCACGGACAGCCGUCAGACAUUAGGCUCCCCAGCCGCCAUGAUCGGGACCUCUGUGGCAUUGGGCCACCUCAUUGGGAUCUACUUCACUGGCUGCUCCAUGAACCCAGCUCGCUCCUUUGGUCCUGCUGUCAUCGUUGGGAAGUUCGCAGUCCACUGGAUCUUCUGGGUGGGACCCCUGACAGGGGCUGUCCUGGCUUCGCUGAUCUACAACUUCAUCCUCUUCCCUGACACCAAGACUGUGGCCCAGCGACUAGCCAUUCUGAUGGGCACCACAGAGGUGGAGAAAGUCUUAGAAGUGGAGCCCCAGAAGAAAGAAUCCCAGUCCCAGUCUAGUUCAGGGGACAUUGAAGUGAGCGUGUGACAUAGUAUAGCACUUGGGCCUC